AUGGACAAGAUAAUCGAUGCGCGCUUUGAGCGCGUUGAGAAGGCACUUGCCAGUCUUAUUGAGUCUGUCUCAAAGUAUCAUCCCCAUGCGAAGCAGGCAUUGGACCUCCACGAAGCUGACAACGACCUCGCAAAAGGCCUUGACGAGGUCCAAACUCACCAGAAUAACCAUCUGCGCCUACAGGAGCUCCGUGCAACAACCGCAUCUCUUGAUUCUCAGAUCCGAGAGACUCUCUCGAGUCUCGCGACGACUCGCAAGGACAUCACCACGACCCAGAUCACAAUCUAUCCAGAUGGGCCAAAAUAUCCCGUCAAGUACGAUGAGCUGCUCAAUUACGCCCGCCGCAUCAGCAAGACCACUCUUCCUCCAGCGGCACUGACAAAUGGUGUCCCUACGGCAGGCAGCACACCUGCGCCGGACCCCAACGCAAGCAUGACUGCUGCCAACACCCCCGGCGCAGCAAGCGGCAUGCAGAGCCAGCCCGUCAGCGCCGCCCCUACGCCCGGCCAAAUCCAGACUCCAGACCCGUCCGGCAUUACCAAUGGCGGUGCUAGCUCCGGGGACCUGGCCGCAACGCAGCAAACCACCACAAGCGGCGCAACCUCCCUCCCCGAUGGCCUACGCAACCAUCUCGAUCCUCACUUCAACGCAAGCUUCAUUCCGUGGCCCAACGAGUUCCAGAUCCGCAGCGGUGCAAUGGCCGUCUAUCAGGAUUUGCAGGACAAGGGCAUCGACCCACGCGGCUAUGACCCGCAACAGAUCGCCGAAGCGAAGCGUAAGGAGGAAGAGGAGCGCAAGGCUCGUGAAGAGCAAGAGCGUCUCGAGCUUGAGCGGAAGCACCGCGAAUACCAGGAGAAGAUGGAGAAGAUCCGCCGCGAGCAGCAGGAGGCUUACAGGCGUGACAGUGUUGCAGUCGGAAGCGCCGGUGCUUCGUCUUCUGGGAAGAACAAGCAGUUCCAGUUCACAAGCAUCAUGGACGACGAUGACGACGAUGAGUAG